ACAUGAACACUGAUGAUGUGACAUGCUAGGCAGCUUAUAAAACUUUCAAACUUUCAGGCAAGGCUUUGUCGAGCAAAUGAACCUUACUUUCUAGUUCUAAAUUUGCCCUUCUGCAGUUUUAAUACGGUGUCAUUUACUGGUCAAAAUGUGUAAAUCAUUUACUUAAGUUUUGCUGUAGUUUAAAGUCAUUAUUCACCUCUUACAGAAAACUCAUUAAGGUCAUACACCUUUCUGCAUCUUCAAACUUGUUCACACAUCCUUUUCAGUUUUACUCUGACAAAGCUUCAAGCCUGUUCUCAUAAAAACCCCCGUUGUAAGUGUCACAGAGAAAACCACAAAGGUUCGAACAGGAGGGGUUACACAAGCAGAUGUCUUGUUAGUACUUGGCAGAGAAUCCAAUUGAGGCAGGAACUGUGAUCGCGGAGAGGGCGGGGCACAGCAGCUCAUUUGCAUUUAAAGACACAUGCAUGAAAACAGCCUGUUCUUGACUGUAAUCAGAAAUGGGUAUUUGCAACAUGGAUUUAUAAAUGAUCUGUGAGGUAUUUUAAGCUGAAACUUCAAAGACACAUCAACCACAGGUGGUAGAUCCUUCUCCUAUUUAGCAUCCAAUCUCUGAAACAGUCUUCCUAGCAUUGUUCAGGAAGCAGACACACUAUGUCAGUUUAAAAAACAAAUCUUUAACCUGGCAUACACAUAACACAUUAUCAACUUUUUAAAUUCAAAUCAGUUAAAUGAUUGUUAGGCUGCAUAACAUGGUGUCACACCUGUUUUCUGCUGGCACUAACACGACAGGAACACAGUUUUUUGUCAAAUCACACAUUAACCAGUGUUGCAUUAGCAGAACAACUGAGAAGAGCUGAUGCAUCGUGACCACACUUCAGCUAUCUCAACACACAAGCAAAGACAUUUUGAGUGAUAUAAAAACGCACCUACCUCAUUCUGUUAGUUUGAAGAGUUGCUGUCGUCUGUCUGUGAGCGAAUUAUUUUUCUGGUCUUCUCCUCUCACCAUUGAGCUCCUGAAAAACAGACAAUAUUCUCAGGAAAUUUUGGUGGAUUUGACUGAAUCAAGAUGCUGCUGAUCAUUGAAGCUCUUCUUCUCAUUUCAUCUGCUCUAGGACAGGAUCACAGACAUGCUGUUGAAGAAAAGACAUUUCCACUGGAUAUGGCACUGAAUUCUGUUGAUGAUCAAUAUAGGGGCUGUACGAAAGACAUGGCGAAUCUGGUGAAGACUAAAUAUCUACAGAAGGAAACAUCUGACUCGGAAUCUAAAUUUUCAAUUGCUUGGAAAGAUGCUGUAAACAAAAACAAAAACAAGACACCAGGAGACGGCUUGACUAUGAAUCAUUUAAAUGCCAUUUAUGCGUACACAAGCUCAGCUUUUGAUCUACAUACGAAUUUUAAUAAUGCUGUUCAUGAAGAUAAGAAACAAUACAAAAAGAAAAAAUACGAAUGGUAUUCACUUCACUUUUUGUUAACAGAUGCAAUACAGAUUCUGAAGAGAACACAAAAUAAAUGUUUUCUAACUUUUCGUGGUACAAAUAUUACAUUUAAAAAGAAUGUUCAAAACAAAAAGGUUCGUUUUGGGAGAUUUACAUCCUCCUCUCUUGAUCGUAAAGAAGCAGAACCUUUUGGAAGUAAAUCUUGUUUUGAAAUCCGCACUUGUGAAGGUGCUGAACUGACAAAAUAUUCUAUGCAUCUUUUGGAGGAAGAGGUGCUGAUUCCUCCUUAUGAGACGUUUAAAGUCACUGCUGUCAAGAAAAAUCUCUGGUGUGAGACGGUGUUUGUGUUGAACAGCACUGGAAGAAGAAGUGAUCUGAACUGUGCUCUGUUCAAGAAAGCAAAUGAGACCAUAACAAAGUACUAAUGCUGUUAUUGAAUGCAUUGAAUGUGUUUUUGAUAUUACAUCAGUUCCAACAUUUUUCCUCUUGGUUUAGUUUGAUUAUUCUUUGUCAGAAUUAUUUUUUUUUUUUUUUAAAUGUCAACAUAAUGUAAUAAAGUUAUUUUUACGUGACCCAA